AUGCUCAUUUCGGUUGUGUCGAUACCCCCGGCAGCAGGUGGCCCAAGACCUGAGCCCUCCCCUGGGCCCCCACCACCCUUGCUGCCUAAACCAGGAAAGGACAACCAGAGACUUCAGAAGCUACUGAGAAAGGCUGCUCGGAAGAAGACGGUGGGCACGAUCCCCACCCCACCUGGGGCCUUCCGUACCUCCCUGUCUCCUGUGAGUGAGGCCAGUCAUGACCUGGAGACCACGGUCCAAUGUCCUGCUGAAGCCCCUCACACAGUGGCCCCUUUACCCCGCUCCCCACAUACCCCCAUUAUUCAUCACGUGUCAUCACCCCUGCAGAAAUCCACUUUCUCUUUCAGCCUACCCCAGCAAAGGUCUUUGGCCACUCACUUCAAGGCACCGCCUAGUCUUGAAGGUCCAGCCCCAGAAACUGCCUGCCCCCGCAGUGGCUUUGCCCAUGUAUCUGCUCCUACAGCAGGUGGUACCCACAUCACUCAAGUGCAUAUCCGGCUGUCACCAUCCUCACAUAUUGGGACUUCUGAGUCCCCCAGAAUGGCCCUGGAUGAAGAUAAAAGCCUGUGUCCUUCUAACACCCAGCCUCUUAUCCCAGUGGCUCAUAUUCGUCCACUGCCCGCUGGGGUACAGGCAGUCAGUCCUGGGCCCAAGGAGUCCCCCAUAACAAGGCCACCAUCUAGCUUUCAGGCCUCAAUGAACAGAGAGAGUGGUGCUAGGGUGGUGGUGCCCAUAGCCCCUACAUACCGCUCACCUGGACCGUCACCAAAUAAACCAGCUUCAGCAGCUCCUGCCGCAGAACAUCUCGAGGAGCUGCCCACAGCCAGGCCUGCCACAGAGCCCAAGCAUGUCUCUAGCCUGCCUGGAGCCUCAGGAGCCUCAGACCCCCACCCCGCUCCCAAAGUUGCACCUAAGCCCUCCCUUAGUGGCUGGACACGGCUAAAGAAGCAGCUGAUGGAGGAGGCCAAGGAGCCUGCAUUUCCAGAGCUGGAGUCAAACCUGGAGCCAACACAUCUAGAGGUGCCAGCCCCUGUGGGCCCACGGCCCCCUGCCUCCCGAGCCUCCAGGAUGUGGGAUGCAGUGCUGUACCGAAUGUCACUGACUGAGACCCAUAGAGACCACCCUGUGGGGCCUGGAAAUAGGGGCCACCCUCUGGCCUGCCUUAGCCGCCUGCCUUUUCUGUGCCAACCUCGUUUCAAUGCCCGGAAGCUACAGGAGGUGGUCCGGCCCCCUCCUCCCUUCCGCCCCAUUCUGGAGCUGAAUUCCCAGCCCAAGAAUUUCAACCGGACAGCAGCAGGUUGGAGGCUCCAGUGA